CAGUUAAUUCGGUUCGUGUGUUUUCGACACGCCUCCAGAGGUCAUUUUACUGACCCAUGUGGCGAACAAAUAGAAGCAGCUCGAGUUGAGUUUAGUGUUGCACAGAUUUACCUUCAGUCUACAGAAUAAAUCAUCAUCAUAAUGAUCAACUGGAAGGCUCUGGAUAAUGUGCCGGUGCUGCUGUACAUCCUGGCACUAAAGACGCUCUUAUUGUGUUUGGCAUUUGCUGGAACGAAGAUCUACCAGAGUAAGAAAGCAGAAGCUGCUCUGAAACAGCAGAUGGAGAUGAAGAGGAAACUGGCCCAGCAAACACAGGAGCUCAUCGAUAACAAGAAGGACGACUGACGUGUGGGGAAAACAGGAGUGCUGUCAGGCUGACGUGUGGAUUUAGAUGUUGAACUCAACAGCAUGGACUGCUGCACAAGUCUUGUUUUGUAUAUGCAGUUUUCAUUUAUUAUCUCUGAUGUUUGUAAAUAAAAAAUGUUUUUUAUCUAUA